AUGCUUCAACGUACCAAGUAUAACCGCUUCAGGAAUGAUUCGGUGACAUCAGUUGAUGAUCUUUUUCACAAUUUGUCCAUGAACAGCAAGGUCUCAGCAGUUGCUACGACUUCGACAGCACCUUCGUAUGUGGUCUCACCAGAGGUUCUCCGCAAGGACCAAGAAGAUGGACCCACCACCCUGUGUACCCUCAUUCAUAAAGUGUCCCACUUAAAACUUUCUACCACAGGCAGCCUUUUGGGUAUCAAAAACCUCUCCUCUGCAGUGAAGGAGCUUGCUGUCUCUAAGUUGCAGGGAAGCUCGAGUGCUUCUAGCUCAGCAGCAGGAGCUUCAGACAACACAUGUAACCUUGUCUCUGCCACUUCGUGUUCUCAGCAGGACGUGAGCAAGAUGAGUAUGGGGAAAAAACCACGGCCAGAGGAAAUGCACCUGGGAGGUGAAGACUGGAAUCAAAGUAGCAGCUUUGUCCAUAAACCCUCUCGAGGAUGGCUGCACUCUAGUGAGAAGAUCCUGGGACCUGGUGUGACGUACGUUGUGAAGUACUUGGGAUGUAUAGAAGUCUUACGCUCAAUGAGAUCUCUUGACUUCAAUACUAGAACACAGAUUGCAAGGGAAGCAAUCAGUCGUGUUUGUGAAGCCGUGCCUGGUGCCAAAGGAGCCUUCAAGAGACGAAAGCCACCAAGCAAAGUUCUUUCUAGCAUCUUGGGAAAGAGCAAUCUUCAGUUUGCAGGAAUGAGCAUAAUGCUGAAUAUCUCCACCACCAGCUUAAACCUGAUGACUCCUGAUACAAAACAGAUCAUAGCAAAUCACCAUAUGCAAUCCAUUUCUUUUGCGUCUGGAGGUGAUCCGGAUACAACUGACUAUGUUGCAUAUGUAGCUAAGGAUCCUGUUAAUCGGAGAGCUUGUCAUAUACUGGAAUGCUGUGAUGGCCUCGCCCAGGAUGUCAUCAGCACCAUCGGGCAAGCAUUUGAACUUCGAUUUAAGCAAUACUUGCGAUGCCCCUCUAAGAUACCUACUUUCCAUGACAGAAUGCAGAGUUUGGAUGAGCCAUGGAUGGAGGAAGAUAAGGAGGCAACAGAACAUCCUUAUUACAACAACAUCCCAAAUAAAAUGCCCCCCCCUGGUGGCUUCUUUGACGCCAGGCUCAAAGCAAGGCUUCCCUCUGCUGUAGACACAGUUCAGUCAGCAGCAGGAGUGGGAAGAGAGCAAACCUAUUACCAGAGUCGUCACUUAGGGGACAAAUUCAGUGAAGACUGGCAUCACAGGCCUAUUAAGCAAGGAUCUCUGGAUAUUUGCAGUAUGCCAGAAGGGAAAUCACAAGUAACUCCAACAGCAGAGAUGCCAACAUACGUGAACACACAGCACAUAAAUAUAGAAGCUCUGUUGGCACUUCAGACGGAUGCUGAAAGUUCCUUCAGUGGAGCAGCAGAUGAUACCAAAGAAAGCAGCCCAGGAAAGGAUCUGUUUGAUAUGAAGCCAUUUGAAGAUGCCCUCAAGAACCAAACGUCUGAGGCUGCAUUGACGAAAUCCACUUUCAUGGGAUGCACUAGUCCUCUUUUAUCCCAAGCAGCUGACUGGACUGUAGCUGAAGAGCUGAGUAGAGAGCCAUGGUAUCAAGGAGAGAUGAGCAGGAAAGAAGCAGAACAGCUGUUAAAGAAAUGUGGAGAUUUCCUUGUGAGGAAGAGUACCACUAAUCCUGGCUCCUAUGUGCUGACAGGCCUGCAUAAUGGACAAGCCAAGCAUCUCCUUUUGGUGGACCCAGAAGGAACUGUUCGUACAAAAGAUCGUGUCUUUGACAGCAUAAGUCAUCUCAUCAAUCAUCAUCUUGAGAAUAAUUUGCCAAUAGUUUCUUCUGGAAGUGAACUCUGCUUGCAGCAGCCUGCUGAGAGGAAACACUGA